GCCGGCCCGGGCCGGUAGCUGUGAGCGAGGGGGGAGCAUUUACCGGCUUCUAGCAAGGGAGGCCGCUUGUGGGUGGGGCCGGCGGCGGCAGCUGCUGCUGCUGCUGCUGCUCCGGCCCGCGCGGGGCGCCGCAGGGGCAUGGAGGGGGCCGGGGCGCCGCAGGCCGCGCCGCUGGUGCGCUGCCCCGUGUGCCUGUGGGAGCUGCCCGCCCUGCACAUCAACUCGCACCUGGACGGGUGCUUGCAGGACUGGGAGGCGGAGCGGAGCCCGCAGCCCCCCAGCAAGAAAAUGCGCCUCUCCGGGACCCCGGGGGAGAGCAGCGAGGAAGAGGAGCCGGAGGGCGGGAGCGGCCCCGCCACCCCCGUGUUCCCCCUGUUCCACAAGGGCCGGACGGCCGCAGCCCCCCCGGGAACUCCGGGCGGGGCAGCGGGGGCUCACAGGGGAGCUCCUCCUGCAGCUGCUGCUGCUGCAGCCCGAGGCCAGGAGCGAGGGGCAAGCCCGGCCCCCGCCUGCCCAGAGCCGGCUGCCCUGAGCGGGGAGACCGUGGCCCAGAAGCUGGAGGGGAAGCCCCUGGCCGAUAAGCUGCGGCCGGGCACCUUGGGGGACUACGUGGGGCAGGAUCAGGUGCUGGGAGAACAGACCCUGCUGCGGUCCCUGCUGGAGGCCGACGAAAUCCCCUCGCUCGUCCUCUGGGGGCCCCCUGGCUGCGGCAAGACUACCCUAGCACAUAUCAUAGCCAGCAACAGCAAGAAGAAUGGUACAAGAUUUGUGACUUUAUCAGCAACAAGUGCCAAGACAAAUGAUGUCCGAGAUGUUAUCAAGCAAGCUGAGAAUGAAAAAAGACUCCUCAAGAGGAAGACCAUCCUCUUUAUUGAUGAGAUUCACCGUUUCAAUAAAUCUCAGCAGGACACCUUCCUUCCUCACGUUGAGUGUGGGACUGUGACGCUGAUCGGGGCAACCACAGAAAACCCUUCCUUCCAGGUCAAUUCCGCUCUUCUGAGUCGAUGUCGAGUUAUUGUUCUCGAGAAGCUCUCCGUUGAGGCGAUGGAAACAAUUCUGAUGCGGGCUAUCAGGUCCUUGGGGAUCCAGGUUUUAGUCCAAGACAAGCAACACACUGAUUCUGCGAAUGGCAGCAGCAGCAAGAAGUCUGAGUCCCCUGUGUACAUAGAGGAAAAAGCUGUAAGCACUCUAGCUUACCUUUGUGACGGUGAUGCAAGAACUGGACUGAAUGGACUCCAGUUGGCUGUUCAGGCCAGAUUAACUGCAGCGAAGACCUCUCAUCAGGCUAGCACACAAGGUUGCUCUGUGGAUGGAGUUUUUAUAACGGAAGACCAUGUGAAGGAAGGACUACAGCGAUCUCAUAUCCUAUAUGACCGAGCAGGUGAAGAGCAUUACAACUGUAUUUCUGCACUUCAUAAAUCUAUGCGAGGCUCCGAUGAAAAUGCUUCCCUUUACUGGCUUGCCCGAAUGCUCGAAGGUGGUGAGGAUCCACUGUAUGUGGCAAGAAGGCUGGUGAGAUUUGCAAGCGAAGAUAUAGGACUGGGAGAUCCUUUGGCAUUAACACAAGCAGUUGCUGCAUACCAAGGCUGUCAUUUUAUUGGAAUGCCAGAAUGUGAGGUCAUACUAGCCCAAUGUGUAGUCUACUUUGCUAGAGCACCCAAGUCUGUUGAGGUGUACAGUGCAUACAGCAAUGUCAAAGCAUGUUUGAGAAACCACCAGGGACCACUUCCACCAGUUCCACUGCACUUGAGAAAUGCUCCAACCAGGCUCAUGAAGGACUUGGGCUAUGGUAAAGAUUAUAAAUAUAAUCCCAUAUACAAGGAACCUGUAGAGCAAGAAUAUCUGCCUGAAGCGCUGAAAGGAAUGGAUUUUUUUUAAGGGACAAAAAACAUAAUAGUCCUACUGUGACCUUGUUUUUUUAUAAAGUUUUUUUUUGUUUUGUUUUGGUUUUUUUUGCAAUUGUAUUGAAAAUCUCUUCUUACUUCAUACAUGUGACUCCUGGGCUGACGUGAUGAAACUAUUGGGCCCAUGAUGAUGCUGUUGUCCUUCUGUUUUGUAAACAUUUCGGAGGAUGUUUAAAAAACAAUCUACAGUUACACAAAUUAGGAAACUAAAGGUGGCUUUUAUUAACUUAAUAACAUUUAGUGGUUUGCCCUUUAAGAAAGGCUUUUGCCCUUUAAGGAAAAUACAUGUAAUACUUAGAAGAACAAACUACAACUGUCAGAACAACACAAUGAAGGAAUAUUAUAUAUUUUAAAAGCCACCUUAAUUUACUUCAUAUUUUGAGGAUGCUAUUUUAAAAAGAAACUGAAACUGCACAGAGUAAAAUAUAAAAUCCUAUGGUAAAACAAAAUGUAUUUACAAUGUAAUACUCAUUAUACCGUGUUUUAAACUGUUUUUGAUAUGGCAAGAUGUCAUAAAUCAAUAAACUGUUCCAAAAUUAUUGUAAGUUA